AACAAAAACCACACCCAUUUCUCCUCCUUCUUCCUCUUCUCUCUCCCUUUCUCUGUAUUUUCUUCCUCCAUAAAUUACAUCAUGCUUUUUCUCCUCUUCUUUCUGCAAAAUUUCCUAAUCCCUCAACACCAAACGCCGCUCCUUUCCUUCCAAUUCAGCUAAAUCCCACUCCUCUUCUCUUUUCUUUCUCCCCUGUCUCUUAAAUAAUCCCAUCAAUCCAUAGCUUAAUCUUCAAUUAAUCUCGCACAGAUAAAUAUGGAGAGCACCGAUUCCUCCAGCGGGUCCCAGCAGCCGCAGCUGCCGCCGGGCUUCCGCUUCCACCCUACCGACGAGGAGCUCGUCGUCCACUACCUUAAGAAGAAGGCCGCCUCCGUCCCCCUCCCCGUCGCCAUCAUCGCCGAGGUUGACCUUUACAAGUUUGAUCCUUGGGAGUUGCCCGCUAAGGCGACGUUUGGGGAGCAGGAGUGGUACUUCUUCAGUCCGAGGGACAGGAAGUAUCCGAACGGUGCGAGGCCGAAUCGCGCGGCGACGUCGGGCUACUGGAAGGCCACGGGAACCGACAAGCCGGUGUUGACGGCCGGCGGGACACAGAAGGUGGGUGUGAAGAAGGCGCUGGUGUUUUACGGCGGAAAGCCGCCGAAAGGAGUGAAAACCAACUGGAUUAUGCAUGAAUAUAGGCUGGCUGACAACAAACCAAACAAUAAGCCGCCUGGUUGUGACAUAAACAAAAAGGGCUCUCUCAGGUUGGACGAUUGGGUUUUAUGCCGGAUUUACAAGAAAAACAAUACACAAAGGCCAAUGGAUCAUGAAAGGGAGGAUUUGAUGAAUGAUAUGUUUGGAGGAGGAAUUCCACAGUCUUUGCAAACUUCAUCUCUUCAAUUUGCACAACAGCCAAACAAGUUCCAUCACCAAGCCCUACUAAAGGCCUCCAACUACGGCGCUUUGCUAGAAAACGACCAAAACAUGGCAUAUGAAGGGAUGAUGGCCGGCAGCAAUAAUGGCUCGCCGCUUGUCGCCACCGCGGGCGCCAAUAAUCUCCUCCCCUCGAAACGUGCGCAACACCUCGCCGCCAUGUACUGGAACGAAGACGCUCCUAGUUGUGGCGGCGGGGGCGGGGGCGGGUCAUCGCCGCUCACCAAAAAGUUCCUCACUGACGACAACCACGGGGGCGGGCGGUCCGAUGAUCCGAACGGCGGUUCCAUCGCGACGCUCCUCAGCCAGCUCCCGCAAACCCCAUCAAUGCACCAUCAGCACAACGUCAUGGGAGGCCUCGGCGGCGGCGGGGACGGCGUUUUCCGGCAGCCCUAUAAUGUCUCCGGCAUGAAUUGGUACUCUUGAGCCAUUGGUCAACGGAAAAGUCAAACAGAAAACGUGCACAUGCAACACCAAAUAUAUCUGCCCAUAAUUCUUCAAUUCUGUGUAUCUACGUACCGCCAGAUCAGAGCCGUUAAAUUCUUGCAGCAGAGUGAUGAUCAACGGCUGUGAUUGAUCCUAUUUGGAUUGCAUAAUGAAUUGACUGUUCGUUCGUACAUAAAGCUAAGCUUAGGGUGAUAGGUGAGUAUCCAUCGAAGACCGUUGAAGAAUACUUGAAAAAGUAUCGAGUUUUAGGUGAGCCCCCCACAAACAUUAUUAAUCUAUUUUUAGCCCCUCAUUUUAUAUAUACUUGAUUUUUGGCUUGGUUGGUAUAGUAGAGAUGCAAAGGAUUCUAGCUUGUAAUAUACUUAUGUGGACACAAAAUAUACAUACAUGUAAACGUAUAGGUUGUUAUAUUAUUUUUUUCUUGUUCUUAAUAAAAGGUAUAUGUAUGUAAAUUUGAAUCAGAAGCGGCCAAACUUUGCACUACAUGUAAGUUAGUUUUAAAAUUUUAAUACCAGGAAAGAAGUUCAAUUU